AUGGCUAAUGAGAACCACACGGUUGUGACACAGUUCCUCUUCAUGUCUUUCUCUGAAUUCUUGGAGGUGCGGGUCUCCCUUUUCUUCUUAGUGCUGGUUUUGUACCUCAUGACCUUGAUGGGCAACAUUGUCAUCAUCACAAUCACAGUGGUGGACCCUGCCCUAUGCUCCCCCAUGUAUUUCUUCCUCCGGAAUUUGUCCUUUCUGGAAAUCGGUUACACUUCAUCGACCAUCCCCAAGAUGCUGGAGAACUUCCUGUCCGAGGACAAGAGCAUCUCAUUCCUGGGCUGUGCCACGCAGAUGUAUUUCUUUUCCCUCCUGGGGAUCACGGAGUGUUGCCUACUGACCACCUUGGCAUAUGACCGUUAUGUGGCCAUAUGUCACCCUCUGCGCUACACGGCCAUGAUGAGCAGAGGUGUGUGUCUUCAGCUCUCAGCUGUGUCCUGGCUCAUUGGGGUGCUGGUGGCAUUAGGACAGACAACUUUCAUAUUCACUCUGCCCUACUGUGGGCCCAAUAGGAUCAACCACUUCUUCUGUGACCUGCCCCCACUGCUGAAGUUGGCCUGUGCAGAUACUUACAGGAAUGAAGUAGCUGUUUACACCAUCGCUGUCAUCUUCAUCAUGGUCCCCUUCUUACUCAUCCUUGUGUCCUAUGUCUGUAUUCUCUACACUAUCUUCAAGAUACCAUCAGCUGCAGGCAGGAGCAAAACUUUCUCCACCUGCUCCUCCCACCUCAUUGUGGUGACUUUGUUUUAUGGAACCGCCAUCGUGACGUAUCUGAGGCCCAAAUCUAGCUAUUCACAUGACACUGACAAACUGCUUUCCCUGUUCUACACAGUGGUGUGCCCAAUGCUGAACCCUUUGAUCUACAGCCUGAGGAAUAAAGAGGUGAAGAAAGCCUUAAGAAGGGUGAUGGCCAGAAAAAUAUUUAUUUGA